GUCCUCGUAUGAAAGACUUCGUCAACGUGGAUGUGUGUAGUAAAGGCUUGUUUUGGCGACCGGCGUGUUGUGUUAGCGCACUACGCUCCGGCCCACGUCAUGUGUCGUGUUUUAACAGCGUCGCGCGUGUGAAACGUGCACAGUUGCUGGCUGCCGUCGUCUCUGCUCCGGAGAGGGUGUCCGCUUCCCCUCCCCUCCUCCAUGAAGCGGUGCGAUGCCCUCUGAUUUCAUAUCCCUCCUUAGCUCGGAUCUCGACCUUAAUUCUCCCAAGUCCCUGUACUCCAAAGAGUCAGUGUAUGACCUCCUCCCCAAAGAGCUCCAGCUCCAGUCCUCGUCCGCCCAGACAGACACACCCACCAUGAGCCAGAAGAGUGGGGGAGAGGCAGGACCUCCCCCCUCUGCAGCCCUGGCAUCAGAUGCCACCUCAUCCACUUCCAGCCCCUCCGCCUCCUCCUCCCUGGCCAUGGGAGUCCCUUGCUCUGGCCCCGCCACAGCCCCCUCUACCUCUGCCUUGGACCACUUGAAGGCUCCCCAGCAUCUCCACUCCAGUGGAGGGGAUGGAGCAGGAGGCUUGGAGAUGCACGGUGUGGAGGGUGCUCUGCCUGCCCUUGGCCGAGUUAACAGCGGCGCAAACCCUGCAACGGGAGACCUAGGGCCAGGGCUGGGAGUGCAGCAGCAGCCUCAGAACACCCCAUCAAAGCGGAGGCCUGUGUUGAGCAUCUCCCCACCCCCCGAGGACCUGUUUGAUGACAGCCAGAUGUCUUGCCAGGAGGAGCCCACGCCCUCUGGCCCACCAGGCCCAGAAUCGGAGCACAGCAGCAGCAUGUGGGCCGACGACUCUGCCUCCAACUUCAGCCUGAUCAGCUCCAGUUCCUACAACGACAACACUGAGGUGCCACGAAAGUCCAGAAAACGCACCCCUCGCCAGCGACCCGGCCCCAAACCUGCUCCUCCAGAAGACAGCAUGGAUGUGUUUGACGCAGACGGUGCCAAGGCCCCUCACUUUGUCCUGUCCCAGCUUGGCCCAGACAAAUCUAGCCCUAAGGCUAGCUCUUUGGAGACUGGGACUCUGAUAAAGGGUGGGCUGCUGUCUGGUCAGUACCCCCAGAGGAGUGACGGGAAAGAGCUGAAGAUCCUGGUCCAGCCAGAGACCCAGCACAGAGCCCGCUACUUGACUGAGGGCAGCAGAGGUUCUGUCAAAGAUCGCACACAACAAGGCUUCCCCACUGUCAAGUUGGAGGGUGUGAACGAGCCAGUGAUGCUACAGGUGUUUGUAGCCAACGACACAGGAAGAGUAAAGCCUCAUGGUUUCUAUCAGGCCUGCAGGGUGACAGGGCGCAACACUACGGCCUGCAAAGAGGUGGACAUAGAGGGCACCACCGUUAUAGAGAUCCCACUGGAGCCUACAAAUGACAUGACACUUGCGGUGGACUGUGUGGGUAUCCUGAAGUUGCGUAAUGCAGAUGUUGAGGCCCGUAUCGGUGUGGCUGGGUCGAAGAAGAAGAGUACCCGUGCAAGGCUGGCCUUCAGAGUCAACAUCCCCCAACCUGAUGGAUCAGCCCUCAUUCUACAGACCCCCUCAUCACCCAUCCUCUGCACCCAACCAGCAGGAGUGCCAGAAAUACUGAAGAAAAGCCUUCACAGCUGCUCUGUGAGAGGAGGAGAGGAAGUGUUUAUUAUAGGGAAGAAUUUCCUUAAAGGAACCAAGGUCAUUUUCCAAGAAAACAUUGCAGAUGAUAGUUCCUGGCAGGCCGAAGCAAAGAUUGAUAUGGACCUAUUCCAUCAGAACCAUCUGAUAGUGACUGUCCCUCCAUUCCACAACCAAUCAGUCUCCUCUCCUAUUGCCGUGGGAAUCUUUGUGAUGACCAAUGCCGGUAGAUCACAUGAUGCCCAGCCCUUCACUUACACUCCAGAUUCAGCGGCAAACUCACUUGGCCUUACAGUAAAAACAGAAGGAGCUUCCCUGGUCAAGACAUGCCUGUUUGAGGGCCAGAUCAAAUCUAUAGCCUCUGAUUCAUUAGAUUCCUCUGGUCAGCCAUCCAAACCCCAAGAGGUUACUCCAAUGGAAGUGUCCAGCAAUCCACCGCCUGCAGAUGUUUUCAAGCCAACCCCGGACCCUCUGGUCACAGUGCAGCAGACCCUAGAGCUCAGCUCUAGCCCUCACCCAGGUGGAGAGUCUUUUCCCAGUCCUAUGCCCCUGCAACCUGAGGAUGUUGAGCUUCCCCAGGCUCCCCCCAUCUUCCCCAGCCUAGAGCCCCUCACCACUAUACAGAAGCAGGAAAUUGCCCCAACAGCAUCCUUCCCUGUAUCAGGAGACACCACCAUCCCUCCUGUACCGCCAGAAGUCCCUCAACAGUUUCUCAGAGAACCUCAAGAGGGCCUCCAAACAGAGGAUUCAAAUAAUAGCAAUGGGAUUGUGGUUGUAGCCAUGCCCCAGAUGGCAGACCCCUCCCAACCCCAGACACAGCAGGCCCAAGUCCCGUUGUUAUCCCAGGAAGGGGUAGCUCAGUUGGAGAGGGCAGUAAGGGAACUGCAGGCCGGAAGCAACACCACAUUCCAGCAGGUCUUGGAGGCAGCUGUAGUCCAACAGCAGCUGAACUCUGUGCUAUACAGCCCCACGUCCUCUGCCGAAUCCCUGCAACAACAUGUUCAGGAAAACAUGAAUAGCCUGCAACUGGGUACCACAGAGAACCCAUUAACAACACAACAGCAGCAACAACAGCAACAACAACAAAUACAUCAACAGUUCCAGCAGCAUCAACAGCUGCAGCAGCAACAGCAAAUCCUUGGCAACCUACAACAACAGCAGCACCUUCAGCAGCAACAACAGCAAGUCCUUGGCAACAUGCAGAUACAACAACAACUUCUGCUCCAGCCUCAAGACCAACAUCUUCAACAACAGCAAAUCAUGGAGAACAUACAACAGCAGCAACUUCAACAACAGCAGUUGCAGCAAAAUCAACAGCAGCAAGCCCUCAACAACAUGCAGCUCCAGGAUCAACAACAACAAACUCAAAUACUUAGUAACUUACAACAACAUCAGCUACAGCAGCAACAACAACAACAAAGUCAAGCAUUGAGCAACCUACAACAGCAGCAACACUUACAAGAGCAGCAGGUACUAGAGAACCUCCAACAGCAGAUUCAGGCUGAGCUGCUCCAGCCUCAGAUCCACACCUCCACCCAACCUCAACAGCCUGUUUCCCUCUUGCAGCAGACUGAGGACCUGCUCAACAUGCAGACCGGCUUCACACAGCAGCCUACAUCUCACACCUCUCCCCCACAACAGCUCUUCCAGUCCCCACGGCCCCUGGCCGAAAACCAGAACUCGCAACAGCAGGUCCAAGCUGCCCUGCUCCAGAACACACUGACAGUUUUGACCAGUGGUAAUCUUAACCCAGAGCAGUCAUCAGGAUCUACCCUGUUCCUGUCCUCAAAUCCACAGCCUCAACAGCAGCAGCAACAGCUGGCUUUCCUCUCCUCCAUGGAUACAUCUGCCAGUGAACCCCAGUCUGUUGCUAUGUUCCAGAACCAGCCCCAGUCCCAGCUAUCUCCAAUGCAGCAGCAGACCACCCCCAUGGACCAACAGCAGUCUCCACAGCAGAAUCCACAGCAGCCACAGCAGCUUCCAAUCAGCCAGCAGAGCUCACUAUUUCAAAACAUCCCUAGUCACACACAGGCUAACCCCCUCCCGCAGAGCCAGCUGGCCCAGCCACAGCAGACCAGUCUGCUGCUCUGCACUACAGAUCUCAACCCCCAGGCUCUACCCCCAGCUCUACUAUUCAGUACCCAGAGUCAAGGCCCUCCCCCUAUGGGCAGCAUUGGGGUUGGGAUUCCCCAGCCAGAACCAGUAGAGCCCAUGUCCUUCCAGGACCAGAGUUCUACAGGUGGCAGCUCUGCAUCCCAAGAGCCCACACAACAGAGCCUUUUUCAGGAGCAACAGCCAAUGCAGGUGGGCUCCAGCUCCAGUAGUGUCCCAAGAGGCCAACCAGUGGAGCUGUACCUUCCACAGUCCUCUCUGUCUGGCCUGCAAAAUACCAUGGGCUCACAAGAGCUGGGUACCCAGGCUACAGGCUCUGGUACAACCAUCUUUGUAGUACAGGGUAGUGUGGGUGUGGUAGCCAGUCCAGGUCAGCAGCCUCCGGAGCAGCUUUUCCAGACGACAGUGAAUGGGAGUGUGGCACCACAGGGACAGCCUAACCUGUUUGUGUUUGGUAUCCAGAAUGACUCGCCCCAGCUGCUCACUCCCUCCAGACCCACACUAUCAGCCCAGAACCAGCCGCAGAACCCUGGCCACAUGCAGGCAGUGGUCCAGACUGGGUCCCCAAUGCAGGCCAACAUGCACAACAGCAUGCAGAACACCCUGCAGACUAACCUUCAGGUGCAAAUGCAGUCCAGUCUAGAGAGUGCCAUGCAGAGCAACCUACAGAACGCGAUGCAGGCAAACACACAAACUCCACUGCAGUCCAGUUUACAGGCAGCCAUAGAAACAAACCUGCCAUCCCCAAUGCAGACCAACCUACAGACAUCAAUCCAGAGCAGCUUACAGAAUACAUUGCAGGCAUCUAUGUCUGUUUCCUCCAAUAUGGAGAAGAUUGAGGACUUGUUGGAAAGCUUACAGAAGCAGUGAUGAUUACUAGGACCAGACAACCACUCUGGAGAGUGAGUCACACGUAUCAUGGAGUUUCACAUCCUGUCAAGUGGUGUCCUCUGCCAAUACCACAGUCCCAUAGAAAAAGAAAAAUAUUUGAACAAUCAAAUGCCCUUUUACCCAGAACUCACACUGAGCUCACGUAACUCCUGAUUUAGUCUAUAAUUGUUGUUGAUUAUAGCCUUCUUACAGCCUUCUUUUCAUCAAAAUGAUGAAUCUUCCAUUGUUGUUACGCCUCUCGCAGGAUCAGAGAGGCCUGUAACUGCUUCAAACAUCAGUCUCGUAAACGCACUGCUUGUUUCCAGUGUGUUUUGUCAUGUGAGCCCAAGAGGCGACCAGUGAAGCGCCGAUGCGUAAAGGUAAGGAGG